AAACUCAAAUAAUAUCAAAAUGGAAUCUAAAAAAACACAUAGAGCAGAGAAAAAAGGAAGCCAUGUUCUUGAAGCUUUUCACCAUCUCCUUCUUCUUCAACCUCCUCUUUCAAUCCCAAGAAACAUCUUCCCAAAGUACCAACUUCACUUACAACGAUGGCUUUAACCCACCCACUGACAUAUCCCUCCAAGGGAUCACCACCGUCACAUCAAACGGUCUCUUGAAACUAACCAACUACACCGUCCAAAAAACCGGUCACGCCUUUUACACCAAACCAAUCCGGUUCAAAGACUCCCCAAACGGCACCGUUUACUCAUUCUCCACAACCUUUGUUUUCGCUAUUCACUCUCAGAUCCCUAUACUUAGCGGUCACGGCAUCGCCUUUGUCGUCGCUCCUAACCCUAGCCUUCCUUACGCAACCGCAAGCCAGUACAUCGGUCUCUUCAACAUCACAAACAACGGUAACGACACGAACCAGGUCUUCGCUGUGGAGCUCGACACGAUCCGGAGCACAGAGUUUAACGACACUGAUGAUAACCAUGUCGGAAUCGAUAUCAAUAGUUUGAAGUCGGAGAGAACCUCGUUAGCCGGGUGGUGGGACGAGAAGGGACAGUUCAAGAAUCUGAGUCUGAUCAGUCGUAAGCCGAUGCAAGUCUGGGUCGACUACGACGGUGGCUCGCACAAGAUCGACGUCACGAUGGCUCCGUUCAACGAGGAUAAACCUAGAAGACCGCUUGUGUCGGCUGUAAGAGAUCUUUCUUCGGUUAUAAGCCAAGACAUGUUUGUCGGUUUCUCGUCUGCCACAGGUUCUGUUCUGUCGGAACAUUUUAUCCUCGGGUGGAGUUUUAAGGUGAACGGUGAGGCUCCACCUUUGGCUUUAUCGAGACUUCCGAAGCUUCCUCGGUUCGAGCCCAAGAGAAUCUCAGAUUUUUUCAAGAUCGGGAUGCCGUUGAUCUCCCUCUUCUUGAUAUUCUGUUUCAUCUUCCUCGUUUGCUUCCUCGUGAGGAGGAGGAGAAAGUUCGCGGAGGAGAUGGACGAGUGGGAGAAAGAGUUUGGGAAGAACAGGUUCAGGUUCAAGGAUUUGUACUACGCGACCAAAGGGUUCAAGGAGAAGGACUUGCUCGGAACCGGCGGGUUUGGGAGUGUUUACAAAGGUGUGAUUCCUGGGACGAAGCUGGAGAUCGCCGUGAAAAGAGUCUCUCACGAGUCGAGACAAGGGAUGAAAGAGUUUGUGGCGGAGAUUGUGAGUAUUGGUCGGAUGAGUCACCGAAACUUAGUCCCUCUCUUGGGGUAUUGCCGCAGGAGAGGUGAGCUUCUUCUUAUAUAUGACUUCAUGCCUAAUGGGAGCUUAGACAAGUACUUGUACAACACGCCAGAGGUAACCCUAAACUGGAAACAGAGGAUCAAGGUGAUUCUAGGGGUUGCUUCCGGAUUGUUCUACCUUCAUGAGGAAUGGGAGCAAGUGGUGAUUCACCGAGACGUUAAAGCCAGCAACGUCUUGUUAGAUGGAGAACUCAACGGAAGGCUCGGAGAUUUCGGUUUGGCUAGGUUGUAUGAUCACGGGUCGGAUCCUCAGACCACGCAUGUUGUUGGGACAUUGGGAUACUUAGCUCCUGAACACACUCGGACAGGACGUGCAACAACGGCUACCGAUGUUUUCGCGUUUGGAGCGUUCUUGCUAGAAGUCACGUGCGGGAGACGUCCUAUAGAGAUCAGGCACGAGAUCGAUGAGACGUUCUUGCUCGUGGAGUGGGUUUUCGGGUUAUGGAACAAGGGAAACAUCUUGGAUGCUAAGGACCCUAACAUGGGUUAUGAGUAUGACGAAAAGGAGGUGGAAAUGGUUUUGAAGCUAGGUCUCUUGUGCUCUCACCCGGACCCAAGGGCUAGACCAAGUAUGAGACAAGUGUUACAAUAUCUAAGGGGAGAUGCAAAGUUGCCUGAUUUGUCUCCUUUGGACUUUUCUGGGAGUGGGAUGAUACUUGGGCUCCAAGAUGGGUUUAGCGAAUUAGGGAUGUCGUAUUCUUCAUCCGUGUUUAAAGGGUUUACCGGGGGAUCUAUAGCUGAUUCUCUACUCUCCGGUGGGAGAUGAAUGUUUUGAAUAUUAAGAUGUUUUUGUGUGUAUGUUAUUGUAAAAUAAUUGAAACUUUUAUCAAAGAAUAGAUUAUGACAAAUGUUGUUUAGAUGAAA